UUUCAAUCUGAAUUUCAGUUCACUUCUUUGCUACAAGAUGAAGUUCGCUCUUCUGUUCGUGUUGACCGCAGUCGUCGCCGUGUCAACUGAUGAAGUGGCUGACCCCAGCUCUACUAGCAGAGCAAACGGUUUGGCAAUAGGCAGUAUUGCUCCAAAUGAUAGACUGUUACGGAGCUUCGUUGUGACUCGUGCUGCGACAGCCAGCUCGCAGGCUGUCAACGUGAGGUACACGGCGCCCGCCGGUAGACGCGUCAGGGCCGUCCGAGCCCGGGAAGUAGGGGUGUCCCAGUUCGCGACUGUCCGCCUUGUCGGGGGCGGGGUCGGUUCAACUUUCGUCACUCUCCAGUUCAGAAACUCAGCACGAAGAGGAUAUCACUUCAAUGUACAGAUUUGGGGACGCUAAACCUCAUCUGUCCACCCGUAAAACACAUAUGCAUCUGUUUGUGACUCAGAGGUUUUAAAUUUAAGAAACAAUACUAUAGUUUAUUAAUGGAUUUGUAUUCAAGAUUGUUAAUUAAAAUAUAUUUAAGAGGA